UGACUGUCAGUAACCACUGCACACACACACACACACACACACGCAUAUACACACACACACACACGCACACACACGACGGACAGACAGACAGGCAGGCAGACAUACAGCAGGGAGAAAAGCGCAGUGAAACUUACAGUCGAUAUGUCUCAGUAUUCAGACCUUGAGAAGGCUAUCAGCACACUGGUCACACAGUUCCACUCUGCCUCAGCUGACAAUGGUCCAACGCUGAAAACUGAUGAAUUCAAAAGUCUUUUGUCCUCCCAGAUGCCUAACUUGGUCAAGAUGGGCGGAGACCAGGCAAUGGGUGGUAUCCUGCAGAAGAUGGGUGUCGGUGACGGCGAGGGCAUCUCUUUCAAGCAUUUCUGGACCUUAAUCCAGUCAGUAGCCACCAACCAGCACGGCCUCCUCAGCAGCCAGACAGGCUCCUCAUGCAACUGCAUCCUCCUGUGAAGAGGUCGCGGUCAGCUCUGAGCUCCACCCUGGAGUUAAACUAACAGAGUAACAUUAUGCACAUCACUCUCCUAAUCAGGUGUCAGACAGAAUACAAAGGUACAAAGUCUAGUCUGCACAAAGCAAAAGCUGUUCCCAACAUUUUUGACUAAAACAUUAAAGUUUUGAAAUGUUUUGGUCUCUUAUCUGACAGGUUUCCACAUCACACUGCCAGUAUACUGCCCAGCAUCCUCUGCACCAUUUACAGUUCCAUUUCACUCUAGUUUGUAAUCAAAUUCUUACAUCAUCCAAGUCUACACGUUGUUAUAUUUUUAAACUACAAUUUGAACUAUCAAGUAAAUAUUUUACUGAACAUGUUGAUGUGUUAUUGGACAGGACGAUAUUAGCCACAGAAGGUUAGCUGUUGCAUUAGAUAUAAACAUGUGUGUUUCAGAAACGCCCUCCAACAUCUUCUUCAUUUUAAAUGGGGACAUUCAGAACAGCUAUUCACACUUCUGCAGAAGGAGCUGGGCAUUAUCACGGCCAGUUGUUAACAUGUCACUUUCCCUCAUUUGCUCCAAUUUUUCCCCAUGUAUAAUAGUGAUUCAUGGUGCCUUCAAAUGGCUUGUGUUUACUUCACUAAUCAUAGGAGGAGGAACGGCCCUCUGUUAUGGUGGAGUGUUGACACUUGUGAAAAUGGUGUUCUCCAUCAAAUGGAAGCAUGACUUCGAAAUGGAGAAGAUGCAACAUCAGUCACCAUUAAAAAAUUAAGAAACAAGAACAGGGUCAUCUCACUAGUUAACCACAUACAUUGAAAAUAAAUUGAACAAGUUGAACUUUCAGACGUUUUGAAACAUUUAGAAGUGUUCUCUUCCUUUGUGUGGAACUGACUCCCAUUCACAUUAUCAGUUCUUGUGUUUGCAACAUGACAGUGUACACAGUCAUUUCAAGCCUCUUUAAAUAUAAUGUACUCAUCAUCUCAAUUUGACCUGCGUCAGUAACAGAACACAAAGGCGUGCUCUGUAUUAUUUCUAAAUGUCAGUAUGUUUGAUUUUGCAGCCAUCUGGUGAACAUUAAUUGUGUGCUUUAUAGUCCCUUUAUACGUUUCUACCAGUAAUGCUUUACCCUCAGCAAUCCUGCAUUUUCUAUGUAUUUAUAUUUUGUAAUUCUCUGUAUUCUGACCUGUGUGACGCCAUAAGAAAAAGGAUGUAAUAAACAGAAAGAAAUCACCAUUUAAA